AUGGACAGUGUUGAUAUCACACAGGCUAAUGCCGUUGCAGCCGGCACAAAUAAACCGGUCAAGAGAAUUGUCGCCUCAGGUAUUGGAGGCCGUCUGAUGGGUACAAAGGCUAUGACUACUGUGACAGCAGAAGAAUUGGCUCGGGAUUCGGUUGCCGAAGUUUUGAAAAGGGACUCUGAACUAAGGGUCAAGUAUGAGAAGGAACAACACAUCUCGGAGAAAGAUUGGUCCUUUGAUACUUUUUUCCAAAAAAUCAACUGGCUGAACUUGUACCUUGUUGUUGCAUUUCCUUUAUUUGCAAUUGCAGGUGCAAUUUAUUUCCAAAUUAAGCCAACUAUCCAAACAGUCACUUUAGGUGUUAUUCUCUUUUCAUUGAGUGGGUUGUCCAUCACUGCUGGUUACCACAGACUAUGGUCUCAUCGUGCUUAUGAUGCAAAGGAUCCAUUAAAGAUUGUCUUUGCUCUCUUUGGUGCCGCUGCUAUUGAAGGUUCCAUCAAAUGGUGGGGUCAUUCUCAUCGGAUCCAUCAUAGAUAUACCGAUACCGACCGUGAUCCAUACGAUGCAAGAAAGGGAUUCUGGUAUUCCCAUAUUGGAUGGAUGUUGUUGGUUCCUAAUCCUAAAUAUAAGGCAAGAGCAGACAUUUCCGAUUUAGUUGACGACUGGAUUGUCAGAGUCCAACAUAGACACUACUUAUCUAUCAUGUUGAUUAUGGGUCUGGUGGUCCCUGCUUUAUUAUCCCACUAUUUAUGGAACGAUUUCUGGGGGGGCUUGAUUUAUGCAGGUCUCUUAAAAUCUUCUGCUAUUCAACAAGCUACAUUUUGUGUGAACUCUCUAGCCCACUGGAUUGGUGAGCAACCAUUUGAUGACAGAAGAACCCCAAGAGACCAUUUCUUGACGGCUUUGGUCACUUUUGGUGAAGGUUAUCAUAACUUUCAUCAUGAGUUCCCUUCGGAUUAUAGAAAUGCCCUUAAAUGGUACCAAUACGAUCCAACCAAGAUUUUGAUUUGGUGUGCAUCCAAGGUUGGACUUGCGUACAAUUUGAAGAAGUUUUCUCAAAAUGCCAUUGAUCAAGGAAUACUUCAACAGAAGCAGAAGAAACUUGACGAAAUGAGAUCCAAAUUAAACUGGGGUCCUCAAAUUGCAGACUUGCCAAUUUGGACAAAGGAAGAAUUUAAGGAAAAGGCUGCACAAAAGAAGGGUUACAUUAUUAUCUCUGGCAUUGUCCAUGACUGUUCCUCUUUUAUUACUGAACAUCCAGGUGGUCAGGCAUUAGUUCGUACCUCCUAUGGUAAAGAUGCUACGGUGGCAUUCAAUGGAGGUGUUUAUGCCCAUUCCAACGCUGCCCAUAACUUGUUAUCGACGUUGAGAGUCGCCGUUAUUAAGGAUUCGGGCGCCAAUGGUAAUACCUACUCGAGACAACUGGAAUACUUGGCUAAAACCGAAAAGGAACAGAUGUCCAAAUCCAACUAA